AUGAUCCGGUGGACUGUUUUCUGUCUCCUCCUGACUCUGAUGUGCGGCAGGAUCAGCCGCAGCGAGCAUCAGACGAGCCUCACCUUCAACGACAUCCUCCCGGAAGAUCACAAGAGCUACGACAAGAUGCGACCGCCGAAGAAAGAAGGCCAGCCAACGACGGUCUUCUUCCACGUCACCGUUAUGGGCCUGGAUUCCAUCGACGAGACGUCCAUGACGUACGCCGCGGACAUCUUCUUCGCCCAGACAUGGAAGGAUCACCGGCUGCGACUGCCUGAGAACAUGACGUCGGAGUAUCGGCUGCUGGAAGUGGAGUGGCUGAAGCACAUGUGGCGUCCGGACUCCUUCUUCAAGAACGCCAAGUCAGUCACCUUCCAGACCAUGACCAUCCCCAAUCACUACAUGUGGCUGUACAAGGAUAAGACAAUCCUGUACAUGGUGAAGCUCACACUCCGACUCUCUUGCGCCAUGAAUUUCCUCAUCUAUCCUCACGAUACUCAGGAAUGCAAGCUGCAGAUGGAGAGCCUGUCUCACACGACGGACGACAUGAUUUUCCAGUGGGAUCCGGAUGUGCCUCUGGUUGUCGAUGAGAAUAUUGAGCUCCCACAAUUGGCGCUGGUGCGAAAUUACACGGCUGAUUGCACACAAGUCUACUCAACAGGGAAUUUUACCUGUUUGGAAGUGGUUUUCGUCCUGAAACGUCGUCUCGGUUAUUAUCUCUUUCACACCUAUGUUCCAACAUGCUUAAUUGUCAUCAUGUCGUGGGUGAGUUUCUGGAUAAAACCCGAAGCAGCUCCUGCCCGGGUGACUCUGGGAGUCACGAGUUUGCUGACCCUCUCGACGCAACACGCUAAAUCCCAAGCAUCUCUGCCACCAGUGUCCUAUCUCAAGGCCGUGGACGCCUUCAUGUCCGUCUGCACAAUAUUCGUCUUCAUGGCUCUCAUGGAGUACUGCCUGGUGAACAUCGUCCUGGGCGACACUCCACCGACCAAAACCUCCUCAUCUGCAGCAGACAAGGGCGACAAGAUGAUGGAGCCGAAGGGACGCAACAGUGUCUGCCGGGGAUCCUUGCUUUCGCAGUUCGGCAAGCGGGAAAACGACAACUCCACCGAUGUGCCGUGGGUUCCACGCCAGGACAACUCCAUGCUCUCCCUCCAGCCAAUCCCCCUCGGACCGGAAAUGACCGGCGAGAAGCCCGAACCGCCCAAACUCACUCCCGCCCAGAUUCGCCUCCGCCGAGCCAUCAACAUCGAUCGCUUCUCGCGCGUCUUCUUCCCGUUCCUCUUCACUGUCCUCAACUGCACUUACUGGUACAUGUUCUACGAGUAUCUUUAGGGCGGAGCGCCCGUCUUUUGCGGAUUGUAGGCGAAUUCUAGAGAAUUUCUGUGUCAUAGAGCAAAAUGGAAUAUUAGAGCACAAUUUCCCCACAACAUAAUGCAACGCGCGCCACCGUGAGAUCCGUCUUCUGCAAAUACAGUAGCUCAAGUUAAGCAGGUGUUGAAUAAGAAGAAGAAAAAUAGAUAAACC